AGUUGCAAAGGAACGUCAGUUUCAAAAAUGAUAUAUGCAAUACAGAUUUUUUGUUCCCUCAAAUUGUUGAUACAAUUAUUACGAUGUUGCAAUUUUUCAAAAACGUUGCCUGCAUCUCUUUAGCAUAGCACAUGUACAGGGUUAUACAUGUUAUGUGAGAUAUUCGUAGCGAAAUAUUCGGUUGAGGAAAAAGCUGUUGAAUUCCAUUGCGAUGUGUGACUGUUUAUGUGUUACGCUAUACUUCUUCAAAGAUUGCAUCGGUUUUUUGAUCGACCAGAGCGAAUUGCAUCUUUGUUAUCGAAAUUUCCACUUUGUGCUUCUCUUACUAAUGCAUCAGAUCCGUAAAUAUGACUCUUGGCAGCCUCCAUCACAUUCUUCCCUUUUUUAUAAUAGGAUUUCAAAAUACAUCAAAUUUCUUCGUUACGAGUGCACAUUUUUAGAAGUAAAUAAUGUUAGACUGGAUGUACAGAUUUUACUAAUCUUUCUUUCAAAUUGUUUACUGGACUAUAAACUCUGGGACAGCCUUAAGUGUUCUUAGAUGCAGCUGAUAUUAUCAGAUAUAAUUGAUGUUAAGGAUGUUUACUAAGAAACUUUUUCCUCAACUCAACAAUGCAAGCAUGUGUAAUUGUACAAUAUGGUGAGUUAGCCCAAGGCACAAACAAAUAGGUAAAAUACCUAUAAUCUAAUUAUAUUGGAAAUUGAUUAAAAGUACGCGAUUGUUUUAUAAAAUGUAUCUAGCCUUUGUAAAUAAUUCACUCUGAACAAUGAGAAGAGUAUAACAGUGUACAAUUUUUAUGCAAAUCCCACAAUCAUGAGAGUGAUAUUCUUAUUAUACUGGGUGAUUUUUGUAACGUGAUGACUUGAAAUAACUCCUGAAUUAUUUAUCGUGGAAAAAUAUGUUCUUUUAUUUUACUACAACAGUGCAUGUGUUUUUCAAACCAUACAACUUUUGUUUGAAACAUUUUAUUCUACGAUGAAUAAUAUGCAAGAUAUUUGAAGUAGUCGCGUUAUGAAAAUUAUAAUGUAUUAACUAAUAACAUUUAUAACCUUGUAAAAACAUAUUGUUAAUAUAAAUAUGUACGUGCUUUUCAUUGGCAAUGACAUGUUAACGUUUUAUCUUUACGUCAUAUAGUCAAUUUAUAACACUUUAAAUGCAAUUUUGAAAUAGGUGACUAAGUAUAAGGCAAAUAAACAUAAUCAUAUCAUUACGUAUAAACAAAAUUAUUGAUUUGAUGAUAAUAUUACAUUUGAUUUUUCAUUAUUAUCCAUGCAGGCGUUAGUUUUAUUUGACUCUACAAGUCGACGUUUACUCAUUCUCCAAUAUUAUCUUCAAAACGAUCUGUUUACUUCCACUUUUAUAAUGCGGAAUUGUAAAUUACUAUAAGUAUAUAUAGUAUAUACUAUAAGUCUAAAAUCAUGUUAAGAUUCUCCAAAUAUUAUUAACACAACUAAUAAUAUGUUUGAUUUAUAUAAAGUUGCAUGAGUUUUGCAUUAAAAUGAAUUGUAUUUAAGCUCAAAGAAGCUCUCUCUACUUGUGAUAAAAAGAUCUGUGAACACGUUCUUUUUGUAAUUUUAAUGUCAUACUCAUGUUAUUAUCAGUUCCUUUAUUGAUUAUAUUACGUCUUAAUUAUAAGACAGUGUCAUAUUUGAACAUGUAUAAUGUUAUUAAUUCAUAUAUAACUUAUGAAAUGAUACUUUAUGAGAAAAGGAAUGAGUUAUAAAAAAUGUACAUGCGUAAGAAAUGAAUAAAUCGAAAAUAUAAAAUAAAAAAUUGUUAUUUUUCUUUCUAUGUAGAAAUUAUCCAAACGAAAAAUUAUUUGUAGAAACCAUAAUUUUUUCCGAUGUUCUCAUUUCAUCAGAUGCCUGAAAAUUUGUAAUUUUUAGAGUGUUCUCGGAUGGCCUAAUUAUUUCAAAAACGAAGCGUUAUAGAAGAGUCAGUAGAUUCAGGGAAAAGUUUUACAGCUUCAAGUGGUAAAGUCGAAUGUACUGCUUGUUUUUAAUUUUUAAUCGCUUUAAAGGACGUACUUGAUAUUGCAACUAUAAAUAAAUUCAUAUGUAGUAUCAGAAUCAGAAAAAGGAUCGUUGGACGAAGGUAUCGAUAUUUAACACACGUUAAAUAUCACAGACAUUUUUAAAAGUGAAAGCAGAAUAACGACGGGCAUUAGGUAAAGUACAUUCCUUAUUUCGCUCAGUUAAAAGAAAAGGAAACUAAAAAAUACGGAAGCGUUAUACUUCAAGAAUUGAUUGCAAAGGGGAAAAAUUAUGCACGUUAAGAACGACAGAACUACACUAUUUACGAAUGUAACAUCUGUGAUUGCGGCACGCGCGGUACGCUUUCCUUUUCACUAAUCGUAAACGGCUUCCUUAUUUCCGGUUCACUCAAUUUGUAUCCCUUUCGCGACCGUGACCAUAAAUCACGAUUACUUUCUACACUUUGCAUUGUCAUUUCGCGUCGAUGGCCCUAAUGGUCGGUUUUUUAUACGUCGUCCCAUUACGAGCAAACUCCUCUCAUAUGCAGAGUGUCAUCAGUAAAAAUAUACGACAACUCGUUGCUUAAUGAUUGUAUUACAUGCUUUGACAAAUUCAAAAUGUACUUCUCUCAGUGUAUAGAGUGACCAUUUAUAAACAUAUAAUUUGCAGUAUAUUGCAAAAAACUGAGAAAAGUUUCUUUUGUUUUAUAUAUCUCAAUGGUAAUUAGUCCAAAUAAUAUAAUCUGAUCGCAUGCAGAAUGAAUAAACAUGCAAGUAGGAAUCGAUAUGCGUUAAAAUAAAAAGCGCGCGUGUACGAUUUGAAGACUUACGAAGAAGGGUUUAACUCGUUACAUUCGCUGUUUCCAUCCUUCGUAACAGUGUGCCGGAUGGCUGUAUGCGACUGUAAUGUUUGUCCAGUGAGCGGCACGGGGAAUGUAGAAAACCGGUCAGUUACCCGAGAAACACUCUAGCUGGUAGCAGGACGAUCGGUGUCGUCGAUCGUUAAGCUUGAGGUUAUUUGUGCGUUCCGGUGGUUCACAGCAACGGCGGUCUAUGGAGACACAAAGGUGGCCGGAAACGACGCGACGACGAUGACCGGUACUUAAACAAUUUCGUGUUACGCGGUUUUCCCGGCGGUCGAUUGUCAAAAUGCGUGAACAAAUCGAAUACCAUGCAGUGUUUGCUGUUAAUCUUAUGUAUCGUUCGCGUGAUCGUGACCUCGGAAACCGCCGACGAAGAACGAGUAAAAGGACUGGUACGUGAUUGGGCACCUCUGGUAUGGCUUGCACCUGGUGAACUCUUUUUACCUCUUGGGGUACCUGAGUUUCUCGACAAUAUGCAAUCGGACGAUGACUACCUUCGCACCAGAAUCGACGUAGAAAUACUAUUAAGAAAUCGAUCGUCGUUCCUGUAUGGCCGGAAACCAGCCGGCACCGUGCCUGUUUAUGCUGUGAUCAAGAACUGUGCUGUUCCAGACGCUUCUAUGGACAUGAUAAAUUUAAAGAGCACAGACAGGGACGAAAGAAAGUCGCGAAGAAACGGGGACGAGACGCUGAUAUCAUCGAGGAACGCGUUGCAGAUCGACGAUCUCGGGUCCUCGAUGAUUCUCACCAAUGACCUUUCUGGGACUGUGUGGAAGAACGAUAACAAACAAAAUUCGGAGAAACCCGGUGAUUUUGAGAAGAAGAAAAAAGCGAACAGGUCCCGGAAGCUACACUUUCACGUGACCUAUUGGAUGUUCUAUCCAUUCAGUGAGGGAAAGGCAGUCUGUGUUCUGGAUCUCGGAUUUUUUGGUAGCUGGCCGAUACCCACGGUAGGCGGUAUGUGCCUCGGAAUGCUUAAGGAGUACGGCAGCCACGUGGGCGAUUGGGAACAUAUGAGCCUCUAUUUCAAGGACGCCAAUUAUCCAUCGGCUAUGUACGUAUCGGCUCACGACGCGGGCGCGUUUUAUCGAUACGAUCCGCGAAGCGGGACUUUUAUUUACGAGAGCCAAGAGACGCGGAAGGGUAUUUUCCAAAAGCCGAUAUUUCCCGAAAGAGUUUUCACCGCUGGCGGUUCACAUCCGAUACUGUUCAGUGCGCGAGGCUCGCACGGACUCUGGACAGCACCGGGGAAGCAUAAAUUCGUCAGAUUACCGCGUCUCUACGAUGAGAGCGGUUUCGGUACCGCUUGGCCAACCUGGAAGAAGAUGGAGUUGCUUCUAAAGAAAGAAAACAGCAUCUUACCCGGCUGGAUGACUUUUAGAGGCAAGUGGGGAAAUCCUAAGAGUAACUGCCAUCCUUUGGUCAGGCUAGGCUUCAACAUAUGCGAAUUCGUCGAUGGACCGACUGGUAUACCCAUGAAACAGUCUAACUUUCGGUGCUGACGACUCUACUUAGAAUUUUUCAAACACAUUCGCUGCGAUUUACCUGCACUCCUUUUUCUCAAGCGGAUACAAAAAUUAAUUUAUUCAACACAUAUUUCAAAUAAUUUUACUGGCUGUUAUCAUGAAAAAGGAUUAAUUUUAUUAUAAGAUGAUAAUUACGUAGUAGUGAAUGUGUCGUCUCAAAAUGUCUUGUCUGUGAACGCAAAAAAUUGAAUAGUUUUAGCAGUUAGAGAAUAAACGCUUACAAUUAAUAAAGUUCGUACUGAUAAAACUUGAAGGGACUGGUCUGUAUAAAAUCAGUUGAAAACUGUUUCCACUGUUUAUAUAAAUUAUGUAAA